UCGUACCACAAUCAGACAUUUAUUUGUAGCAUCAGCAAGGUUCAAUUUCCCUCUCUCCUCCAACCUCCGAAGCCUAGUCACACUUUCCUCCAUAUACCUCCACCGACAGGCUAGACAAUUUCUUCAGAGAAAUUUUGUCACACCGAAGUGUCCACCAGCUACAGCUGGACUUUAUUCUUCUCAGCUUUUCAGCUGGUCAGAGAACGUGAUUUCGACGCGCGUACGCAUCAUAGUUAUUUUUUUUGUUGAGCCGAGGCUCACCAAAGAAAUUUUUUCUUUAAUGCCGAAGCACUCAAUUUUGUGCGUCUCACCUCCGCACACUUUUUUCCACUCUCAUUUUUAUGCCAGAAGGCACUUCUCUUCUCUACUAGGGUUAGUGUGUGUGGAAUGAGAGGGAAGGUUAUGAAGAAUGGAGUGGGAAAACACUCCAACUGUCUAGCUGUCGGGUGUGACUGGCAGAAAGGCGAAAUUGGGGCCGCACCACACAGACGACCCAGCACAAUGAGGGAGAGAAUUCAGUUCUUUUUCUCUGCCCUCAAUGCACUUCCUUGUCUAACAGUAGUCUGGCGCAAUACUCAGCAACGAUCUUAG